AACACAAUAACCAGUGACUGUAGUCACUGGCAUAGAUUUAACAAUAUGGCAUCGUAUCGAAAGGUAUAAGACUAGUUGUAGAAGUACCUUGAUUAAAUAUUAUUGAUAUUAUCGUAUUGAUAUAGUAAUCGUAUGCUCACCUAAGGGAAAAUGAUAGAAGUACUGUGUAAACUUUAAUCAAUAGAUAGCGCAAUAAGUAAACGAAACAAUUACGUUGAGUAAUUGUAACCUCAUUCUGAAAGUUGCGAUUUGUGGAUUUCUUUGAUAGUUCUAUUUUUUGGUAUAACGGAAUUUACAGAACAAAACACCAUGGUUAACGUCAAUCCCCGAGUAUUUUUUGAUAUAGAGGUUGGGGGGCUCCCAAUGGGACGUAUAAUAUUUGAACUUUUUGCGGACAUUUGUCCAAUUACAUGUGAAAAUUUUCGUGCUCUAUGUACUGGAGAAAAUGGACUUGGCAAAACCACUGGAAAACCUUUACAUUAUAAAGGAAUUGUUUUUCAUAGAGUAGUUAAAGACUUUAUGAUUCAGGGUGGUGAUUUUUCAGUAGGUAAUGGAACAGGAGGAGAAUCAAUUUAUGGAGGGACAUUUGCAGAUGAAAAUUUUAUAAUAAAACAUAAUAAACCAUUUUUAUUAUCAAUGGCAAAUCGUGGUAGAGAUACAAAUGGUUCACAGUUUUUUAUUACAACACAACCAGCGCCUCACCUCGACAAUGUCCAUGUGGUUUUUGGAGAAGUAGUGUCUGGCCAGGAAAUUGUUACACAUAUUGAGGGACUCCCAGUAGAUCGUAUGUCUCGCCCGUUACAAGAUGCUAAGGUUGUAAAUUGUGGAGAACUUGUGCUGAAAGUCAAAAAUAAAGCAAAAAAACAUGAAGCAAAGGAAAGCAGUUCGUCCGAGUCAGAUUCCGAUUCAUUCACAGAAAAGCCUAAAAAGAAAAAGAAAGUCAAGAAAAAUAAAAAAAGAGCAAAAUCAGAAGAUGGCGAAAUUCAUGAUUCGAACGAGGAUGAUCUCGGGAAACCUCAUCCACUUGUUUCAGUGACAAAAAUUGAUCCCGAUGAAAUUCCUGAGGUGCCAGCGAAUAAAUUUCUAUAUAGAGCGGGGCCUACUAAUAAUGCAAAUCAAAAAGAAUUUAGGCAACAUUAUGGAAGAGAUCGGGUACGGUCGCAUAGAAAAACUGGUCGCGUAUUUAAAGGAAGAGGAAUAUUCCGAUAUCAUACACCCUCUCGUAGCCGUUCAAGAAGUGUUACACCACCUCACUGGAAACAAGCUCAAAAUCGCACUAUUAAAUUACACGAGUUUCAGAAAUUGGAAAAAGAACGUAUGAAGAAGGAGGAAGAACUGAAGAAACGGGAAGCUGAUAGAAUUAAAAAGUUCAGUGAAAAUCCUGAUGAAGAAAACCAGAUGAUGGAUAAAUUCGACGCCGAAGCACCUAUAUGCGAAGAUUUAGAAAAUAAAGAAAAUGAUCAGUCAGAUGAUAAAAAGGAUGGCAAUAAAAGCGUGGAACAGGACCAAGAACAUUUGAAUACUAAUUUAAAUGUUAUUGAUACUAUGAUGAAAGAGAAAAUAGAUGGAAAGAACAAGAACGAAAAAUUAAUGAAACGUGAUUCACACCGGUCGUAUGGUGACAGAUCUUCACGUCGCGAUUCACGGGAUAGGAGCAGAAGGCGAGGUAGUGCUCGUUCAAGAUCCCGAGAUCGACGAAGGUCUCGAGACAGAGAUUAUGAUCGUAGGAACAGUCGUGACAGAAGAAACAGAAGAAAUUAUUAUCCGCGAAGACGAGAUUCCUACAGAAUGAACAGACCUGGUAGAGAUAAUUACAGAUAUUAUGAUAGGCGUAAUGAUUAUAGAAGAACGAAUAAUUCCAACUUCAAUUAUGACACAGAUAUGAAUACGUCACGUUAUGAUAAAAACCGAAGGAAAAGUGAUAACACCUCGGACUCUAACAAUCAACCAAAAUUCAAACGUCGCUCACGUUCAACUAGUUCUAGUAGUCAACACUCCAAAGAUUAAGAUGCAUUGUUCUCUUGUUUCUUUCUUUUGCAUAAUACAGGAAAAAUAUAAUUUAUGUAGUAAGCUAUAUAUUUUAUUUUUUCAAAUUUUUUAUUUGAAUUUGUUUUUAAAUACUAUAUGACUCUAUAUAAAAGUGACUAUUUAAGUAAUAUUGGUUGCAAUGUUUGAAUUAAAAUUUCAAUUUUUUAGAAGUUGAAAUUAUUUAAUAAUACAAUUUUUUGAACUUUCAGUUAUGCACUGCUUUCAAGCAAACAUAAGC